AAAAGCUGAGAGAGUAAAGUUAUAUGCAGCCUUCCUGUGACCUGUUUGCAUGUACCCGGUCAAUAAAACUCAGGCAGAGUGACAGUGACAGCUGCCUUGUGGCAUUCAGAGGGAAUCGAGCAGUUUAGCAGCCUCCUGGACAAGUAUAUCAUUACAGCCCAGCUGCUCGGAGAAAAAACACCUAAACGCUGGGGGACAGGCACAGCUCCUGCAGCCGCCCAGGGACCUGUCUCGGAUACCUGCUAGGCCUGAUCAAGACUCUCCGGGCAGCUUUCUCCACGCUAGGACCGCCUAGUCCCAAGUUGGUUCUCACCCGGACGCAGGCUCCCUGCCUGCAGCAGCCUGGCUUUUAGCAGCUGAGAGGACACAGUCCCUGCUGGGAGGUGGCAGAGGAGAGUGAAUAGAAGGGAAGGUACGAUGGGGGCCAGGCAGUCAAGGGCCAGCUCCAAGGAUAAGGGCCCCAAGAGGAUACUGUUCACGGGGAGGAGACAGAAGUUUUCCCCGUGGGACGAUGCCCUGCUCCCGGGAAGGGACCCGCGGUCUCUGCUGAAGCGAGGCAUGCACCACGUCAGCUUCAGCCUGGUCACCAGAGGAAUGACAGACAUCCCCGACUUUCUGUGGGGCUUGUCCGAGGUCCAGAAACUCAAUCUGUCUCACAACCAGCUCCGGGUUCUCCCUCCCGAGGUGGGGAAACUGACCCGGAUCGUGGUCCUGAACUUGUGCGGGAACCGCCUGAAGAGCCUGCCCAGAGAAGUGAGCCUCCUGCAAGGCCUCAGGGUCCUGUUUGUCAACAUGAACUGCCUGACCGAGGUGCCGGCCGAGCUGAGCUUGUGCCGAAAGCUGGAGGUCCUGAGCUUGUCGCACAACUGCCUGUCCCAGCUCCCUGCGUGCUUCGCUGACCUCUCCAGACUGAGGAAGCUGAACCUCAGCAACAACCUCUUCGCGCACAUCCCCAUGUGUGUGUUCUCCCUGAAGGAACUGAUUUUCUUGCACGUGGGCUCGAAUCGCCUGGAAAACAUCGCUGAGAGCAUCCAGCACCUGACCAGCCUUCAGAUCUUCAUCGCAGAGGCCAACAAUAUCCACUCCUUCCCGAGGUCGCUUUGCCUGGUCACCAGCCUGGAGCUGCUGAACCUCAACAACAACGACAUCCAGACCCUCCCGAGCGAACUCCACCUGCUGUGUAGACUGGUGAGGAUCGCCUGGAAUCCCAUGGACAAAGGGCUCCACAUUUCCCACAACCCUUUAUCCAAGCCUCUGCCAGAGCUGGUGGAGGGGGGCCUGGAGAUGCUCUUCGGCUACCUGAAGGACAAAAAACACACAUGACGUGGGUCCUGGAGGCCUGGAUGGGAGGCAGCUCACCUGGACUCGGUCAGCCGGGGUACUUCUCUCGUCUCAGCUUUCUACUCUCACCCUUAGUGUCUGGCAAUGCUUUUGUUAAUAUUUGCUAAGUCGCUGUUGAACAUCCAUGUUAAGGAGGUGUUUGCUUUUAACUCUGUAUGUUCUUAAUAACCUCUGGAUUAUCAUGUUCAUCUCAUCCUAAACAUAAAUUGAAAGGGGGUUGGUUUUCCCCAAAGAGAACUAACAGUUCUGAUUCUUCUGAGGAGCAGUAAGAUUCAGCCCUUGGGAGAGUGGACACCUAACAGGUCUGAAUUCCAUGUAAUUCAAAAGGCAAAUAUUUGCUAAGUACUGUGUGCCAAGUACAGUAUGAGGUGCUGAAACCUGGUUUCAGAUAGUUUCUACCCUUGAAUCAGUAACCUGUGGCCAGGUGGCAACGGCAAGACACAUUCCUCCAUCAGCCUCCAUGAAGCAUCACUUGGGACCAAAAGGCAAACCACAGUGGGCUCUGUCCCCAGUGACCAAAACAGGCAGAGCUUUCUCCUUGAGUUCUGGGGGACAAUCAUAGGAAUUUUUCUUUCAUGCGGCUGUAGAGGAAUAACCAAGCCACUCAUGCUUAUGUCUGGUGGUGAGUAAUGGGUAGAAGGAUGGCUUUCAGAUAAUAAAUAUGAACUGAUUUAAUGUGUAUUUCAACCUUCCUUCCCAGUCAUCUUCCACUCAUUGUCAUGUCCUUGAACUUCUUUGCUAGACACUAGACAAUCAUCAGAUGAUCCCAUUCUAAUUUCACUUCUCCAUGACUACAUCUGCCCUCUCAGAGAUAAACUACUAAAUGGGAUAACUUGGCCAACAAUGAUCAAAAGGCAGCAAAGAGGGGGAAAGACAUAGACAAGUCAUGCAAAAAAGUAAUUACCCUUUUACAAUUUAGAGGAGGGUAAUAUUGACUUUCCCAUGUUAACAUUUUUAAAAAGUGAGUUUAAUGACAUUUAAAAGCUCCUUGGAAAAAAGGCUCUAUAAAAACAUGAAGCUUGUUUUUUAUUUUAAGAGUACACAGCUGUUAGUGAAAUACAGACACCAGGGCAAGCAGUGACAGAGUUCCGGCACCAAAGGUCACCGGACCUUACUGCUAUGGCAGCAGCCAAGAGCCACAUGUUAAUAUUGAUUUAGAACUAAAGAAUCAGAAUGAAAAUAUGACACUGAAGAAAAUCAAGUACCUUCAGGUCUACGAAGAGCCAAUUGUUCUGAUUUCUUGGCACAUUUGUCUACAAAGUUAUAGCAAACUAUACCAAGACUUAGCAUUUGGGGUUGCUGCCAAGACUUGUAUAACUUCUCAGUAUUCUUAGUUUCAUUCAAUGUAACUUAUAUUUAUUAGCACCUUUUCCAGUCUGGACACUGGGCGGGAAACCUGAGAAGAACAACACCUGCUCCUCCUACCACGGAGCUCCCAGGUUGGAGGAGGAGACAGACCCACAUGGUUUCUAUGAUGUGCAGCAAGAUGUGAUCCCUGCUCAAGAAAGAUACAAAAAAUGGGCUGCGGCAAGAAUAACACACUGUAGGGCGUAGACUAGACUGAGCUCCAAAGUCUCAGUAACCAGAGAACAGUAAGCAAAGAGCACAGCUGGGAUAAAUCAGUUAACCCCUUCAUUCCCUGCAGCCAUCAAACCCUAAUUCCUCCCCACCUCUGCACUUGCCUGAUUUGGAAAGAACAGCAAAGCGUUGAGGCAGUAGCCAGCUCACUCUCAGGUUCUGAGCUUAGGCAAUUUUACUGUGAAAAAUACUUGCUUUUUCUAAAAGCUGUUCAAAGUGGAUCCGUAUAGCUUAUUCAUAGAGCAAGUGAUUUUUCCCAACAGACCCCAAUUCAAUUUUCCCACUCAUAAAAGAAGGAAGCCAAUUUCUGCUGUUAUCACCAGAUACCAUAGUUCCAUUAGCACAUUUGUGCAUGAGGUCUUCUGUUGAACCAUUGCACACAGACCUUACCAGUGUCACUUGGAGGCAGCUAAGGAAGUCUCCUCCGAAUUCCCCCUCCAGCAGCAACUGGGGACCUGCCUAUCACUGCCAGGCACACCCGGGCACACUCCAGAAUCCUCCCCCACGUUAGCUUGUUGCAGCCAAGACUAUUUAAAGACAUCAGUGGAAUUCUCACUUGACCUCCUGACUCAAUGGGGAAUGGUAGGGCCAGGCUUCCUCCGCAGAACCCAGUAGGUCACUUACUGCAGCCGUGGCUGAAGCACACGCAGCUGUCAGACAAACACCGGCGAGUGCCAGGAUCAUGUCCAUGAGUGUCUGCUGCUGAAGAACCACUUGGGCUCACGCUGAAUUUCCAUGACCUUGCUGUGGGCAGAGACACAGGCGAGGACAGCAGCACCACACUUGUCCUGCUGAGCAAUCGUUUUAUUUCCUCUCCUCGCCUUUUCAGUCACUUGAUCCCACAGUAACUCUACUCCAGGGAAAGAAUGUGACCAUAUUUUGAAGGUGACCCAAGAGCUCAUUAUACUUUUUAUAAGAAAAAAAUGAUAUCAAUUUGGUUGUCAGCUUCCAUUGGUGUCUUUCAAAAGUAUAGUAGCAAGGUUUUCUUUGUUAACACUCAGCAUUGAGGAAAUCAUAAAAGCGUAGUAGUUGCCCGAUGUGCUUUAGAUAUUGAUUCUUUGUGAAUACUCCUUUUUAUUGAUAAAGGGAAGUGCUGAGCACAAACCUGGUUAAUGUGCUUAGUUAUUCAAAAUGCGAACGUGGAAGGAAUUUGAUGGAACCUUCAAUGUCUUUGCUGUCAAGUCCUAUAGUUUGCUGGCUGAUUGUGAAAUGCUUCUUCCUUAACUUUUGUAUUUUGAAUACUGCCACAUUCAAGUAACUCCAGGUAUUUCUAAAGCUUCUGAAAUCAAAGCACUGAGGUGACUGGAUUGGCUGCAGAGUAUAUUUAGCCAAAGAAUACGAGCUAAUUGGGUGCUUGAUGUGGGGAGCUGGCUGCUCCCAUUCUUGAUGAUGUUGUGGUUUUCAUGUCACUUGGCUCUCAGCACGGAGGGAUCUCAGUGUGUGUUUAGAAGCACCUUUCAGAGCAGUUGCAAGCUCACAAGCAUACAAUUAAGAAGAAAUCCUGUGUUCACAGGAAAGGAAGACGACUGUGAAAAGACACAUCUGUUCAAGGAAUAAUAUUGCUAAAUGCAUAAUACUGCAGGCGCAUUAGAAAGAAAAAUGUAGUCAUUACUUAGCUUGUUGACUUAAUAAAUGGUUAACAGAGAAAUGCACUCCCUUCUUGGGCUUCAGUUAAUAGACUGCCUUUCCGGAGUAAGGAAAGACACAGCGACUACACGACUGCACCUGGAUUUCACAAUAAAGUCGUGCUUGUGCUGGAAGGAGAUAAGAGAGGGAAUGCUGUCACUAUUUGUGCAGAUUCAUUAAACUAAACCUUUUUCUUUUGGCAACGAAUAUUGCAUUUUGAAAGUGUAUUUCAUAUGGCUCAAAGCAUAUACUGAAUAUGCAUUUUGAGAGCCGUUCAUUAAAAACAGAGGAAGAUUAAAGGAAUGUGGGUUCAGCUACUGGAACGCACAUGCAGGUAUCAACACCUGAGAUUAUUGGGGAGACGGAGGCCCAGAGGCUGGACUGGGGUGUAUUUCUCAUAUGCUAGGGGGAGUCCUCUGUCUAGAUGGAGUCACCGAGAUUCUGGUAUCAAUGGUGAAAAAGAGAAGAUGAAGUCAGGAAAUGGUCUAAAAAAAUUAAAGCUGCUAAAUUAAACCACUAUGAAGAUACUAAAUACUAAAUUAUGGCAUUAUUAUCUGCCACUUAAGUAUCCAAAUGCUCUUGAUUUUCUCAUUCCACAAAAGAAUUAUUUUCAGUACUCUGUAAGAUAUACUUGAGAAACACAAAAUACCCAGCUAGUGUGCAAUGAAGUACCAGUACCCUUGAGGUACUGUCUUAGUUGUAACUAAUCCAAGAAUACCAAAAUACAACCCCUUCCUAUAUUUCAAGAAAACAAAAUAAAAUUAAGAGGAACAUGAAAGUUAUUGUAAACAAUAAUGGGAACAAUCUUGACCUUGUUAACUUUCUACAAGUGUUUCUUUUAAGUUUCCUGUCUAGUUACAUGUUGAAUCCAAAGUAUUACUGAUUUUUUUUUUUUUAAAGAACAGCACAGUAAUAAAAAGAGGAUGAAUUUGUAAGAGCUUGGGCAUCAUUAGGCAAGCAUAACUGAAAGCCAUUAGCAUGAAGCUUGCUAUGCAGAUUUUUUUAGUAGUGCCAUAGGAAUCUACUUGCAAGGAGAGAGCUGAUUUCCUAUAUGCCUCUAGACUCACUCCUUAUUUCAGCACAGGACAGAAAAUAAAAGGCAAACUGGAGUACCAUCAGGGUAUUUCUUGAAACUCCGCUCUGUCACCCAGGCUGGAGUGCAGUGGCAUGAUCUCGGCUCAACGCAACCUCCACCUCCCAGGUUCAAGUGAUUCUCCUGCCCCAGCCUUCUGAGUAGCUGGGAUUACAGGUGCCCGCCACCACACCUGGCUAAUUUUUGUAUUUUUAGUAGAGACGAGGUUUUGCCACGUUGGCCAGGCUGGUCUUGAACUCCUGACCUCAGGUGAUCCAUCCGCCUCGGCCUCCCAAAAUGCUGGGAUUACGGGCAUGAACCACCAUGCCUGGCGAAACUCUUAAGAGACAUAGAUUAUGAAAAGUGUAAAGUGAUACAGGCUUUGAGGGUGUGAGCUGCAGCUGCUGAUGGGACAUCACUUACUCACCCGUGUUCUUUGGUCUUGAGUGACUUGGGUUCCUCAGAAGUCAGUGUGCCUGGCCAUGACACUGUGGGGAAGUGUCUGUUUUCUUCCUGUCUCCUAAAGGUCACGCCCACCACCCUAUGUAUGCCCAUAAGAAGAGGCUCUGCGGGGUCCUGGGAAAGCUCUGGGCUGACAGCAGGCACGUGGAUCACGUGGCGCUUACUGUGUAUGUGUGUGUGUCCUGAGCCUGAGCAGAUGACAUCGGGACAGGAUGAUGGGACAUGGGGCAAAGGAGUGAGGCUCAGCUAAACACGAUGCAAUCCUGUAACAGCACUGCCUGAAGAGAUGUGUAGACAAGUGCAAAGGCAUUUAGGUGAAAUUAUGGGAUGGCAGAGAUGUGGCACGACUGCAAUGGUUUGGGGAAUGCACAGUCCAGCACGACAGUUACAGACAUGAUGGUUCCUUUGUUUUGCUUUGUCUUGAAGGGAAAUUUGUGAAUCCCACUGUCUCAGAGCAGGCUGCUUUAUAACACCUUGAUAGGCAGGCACAUGGAAGGAGUCAUGAUACCUGGAGACACUGUGUGUCCUGUCUUUGAAAAGUGUUCCCAAGCCUCUCCUUUACCACAUUAUGGACCAGGAUCCUUCCUGAGGUUUCAGAAAGGACCCAGGGCUGGCAGUGGUUCUCAAUGUUGGCUGUUCAUCAGAAUACCUCCUGGUAUUUCAAAAAAAGAUUUGAAAGAUGUUAAUAUAGUUGGUCUGGGGUAGACCUGGGCUUCUUACUUUGCUUAAAGCAAAGUAGGUAAUUCUGUGGCUCACUCUGGGUUGUGAAUGCUGAUGCCAGUUCUUACCUAAACAGUCAGACAUAGGACCAUGAAGCCAAUGGGGAUGUGAGCCUGGACAUUGAAACAGGCCAGUGAAAGAAGCGGGGCUCUGACCUUGGUCAGCAGACGGGAGCCCUGCUGGUGCCUGGUGAUAAGACUCAUCUGUGCAUUUGUUAAAAGGGUAGAGCCACAGCUCCUUUGGCAUGCUUUCAGAUUCAGUGGGCCGGGGUAGGGCCUGGCAUGUGUGGGCCUAACAAACACUCUAGGUAUCUCCUAUCGUAACACAAACAGGAGAAACCCUGGUCUUGCGGAAUGUGUGCCCAAUGGAAAAUGAAAGCUCUGGUCUCCAGAUUCAGCUGCUCCCGGCUCUCUCUGCCACUGGAGACUGCACGCCUUGAUGGCUGUUAUCUCUGCACACAGCAUAGGGGAGAUAAGAAUAAUGUAUCAAGUGGACAAAUAAAGUGAAAGAGCAUGUGAGAUCACCUCACCUCUCUGGGCCUCAGUUUUCUGUAAAGUUAGACAAUUACACUCACUUUAAAGCAAACUUACUUCAUGCUCCUUUCAGCUUUGAAAGUCUAUGACUGCAUUUUUUUUUUUUUUUUUACUUUGUCUCUCUCAUUUAAUGCCUUGAUAAAUAGAUAGUGGGCUUAUGAUUACUGUGAUUACUCAAGAAAAGCAAAAACCAUUGUGGAGAUGGGUCGAGAUCAGUAUGAGUGCUUUGAUAUCCCUUCCAGCACACCAGAAAAGGUAAUUUUAAUUUUGGUUGAUGUUCAAAAAUAUAAAAAGAGUGGGCAGUAUUGUGGGUGAAUCUAGGGGUUUAUAUCCCUCCAAACUGCCUGGAUUCCAUCUGUAAUUUUUUAUUGGAUUGGAAGCUCAGAGGGAAAAGCCUCUGUUUGGCUUUUUUAAUUGACUGAUUAACAACUUCUCUGAUUCAUGCUUCUGGAAGAGAUGAAAUUCCUAGUUAUGCUUUCCCUUAAAAACAAACAAACAAACAAACAAAUACUUCUGGAUUUGAUUCAAUUAAAUGAUGUGGGCACUUAAAGCUGAAAUCUUUCCUCUUUUUUGAAAAAGCAUAGUGUAUUCCAAAGUGUGAGUUGAGGAAAUAUGAUAAUAAAAUUCAUACCUCUUCCAUAGCCCUUCCUUGUCUACCUGCACAUGUGAAUUAAAUUUGAUUUUUGUUAUACAUUUUCAAAAGUAACUUCUGUAAAUGAACACACAUGAAGCUGCAAAAUAACUCUAUGAUAUCUUUGGUAUCUUUGAUUCUUAAUAAUGUUGUUCCUCUCUCCACCUGCACUGUUUUAGUCAAAGCUAAAAAUUGUUGUUAUCUACACUGUGGAAAUCAGAAAUUAAGGACUUAAUUUGGUUUUGAUUAACCUUAGUUAUGAAAGGGUAGAUUACAACUGCACAUGAUAAAAAUUCUUAAAUAAUAUUGCUGUCAUAUUGUUGCCAUAUACUUUAAGAAUUCAAAAUCUAGUUCUGGUAUUAUCCUCUUCAGCCACAAUAUAUGAGAAAGUUAAAGAUUUUAUUUCUGGA